CCGCCCCUGCCGCGACGCCCACCCAGCCGGCCCUGGCUCUGGGCGGGAGGUGGCGGGGCUGGGAGGUGCCAGCCGCGGAGGGGAGGGGCGGCGGGAUGGGCCGCCCGCCGUCCGUCCACCGUCUGUCGCGGCGCCGGGGACGCUCCAGCCGCCUCCGCUCGGUCCCCACUAGUCCUGGGAGCGGGGGCCGGACUGCAGGGGGCUUCCGUGGGCCUGACCUCUCCCACCGCGGGAGGAAAGAGUGGGGGAAUCCCCCGGCGCCUCCGAGAGCCACGGUGUCCUCGGGCCGUGCAGGCGCUGAAGACGAGCCCGGGCGGGGCCCCUGCGCGUCGUGCCUGUCGCCGGCCGUGUCCGGAGCGGAGGCCAGCGCCCGCCCGCUCGGCGCCCCGGGCCGCGAGGACCCCACCCUACCGGGCGUGGGCGACGGCCGGCCGGGGGCGCGCGGAGCAGCCGUCGCGGGGCCUCGCCGCGGCCUCCAGCGCCCGAGUCACGGGGAAUGCAGUGGCCCCCGACCCCUGGCGCCUCUCCGUGUCUGGGCUGGGCCUCCUCGCUCGCCUGCUCCACCGCCGCGACGCUCCUGGUCCGAGCCGGCCGGGGCCCCCUCAUGGCGGCCAAGUGGUUCAAGGAGUUCCCCCUGAACCUGAAGACCGUGUCGGAGCGGGCCAAGCCCGGGGGCGGCGGCGGCGGCAAACUGCGCAAGAACUCGGAGGCGGGCGGCGCGGGGCCGGGCCCCGGCAAGGGCCGCAAGAACUCGGCGGCCGAGCUGGGGAGCGGCAGGGCCGGCGUCGGCCCCAAGGACAGCCGGCUGUCCCGCGACAGCCUGCAGGGUCUGAUUCAGGCCGCCGCGGGCAAGAGCCGCAAAAACUCCCGGGCCACGGAGGAGGAACCCCACCGGGGUGCGACCAAGAGCUCGGGCUGCAGCACCUACAUCAACAGGCUCAUCAAGGUGGACACGCAGGAGAAGAACGGGAAAAGCAACUACCCCAGCAGCGGCAGCAGCUCCAGCUCCAGCUCCAGCUCCUCUUCCUCCGCGUCCUCUUCCCCUUCCUCCCUGGGGCCCGAGCUGGACAAGGGCAAGAUUAUUAAGCAGCAAGACACGGUCAUCAUUUUAGAAGACUAUGCUGACCCUUAUGAUGCCAAACGGACAAAGGGUCAAAGGGAUGCAGAGAGAGUCGGAGAGAACGACGGUUACAUGGAACCGUAUGAUGCACAGCAAAUGAUAACAGAAAUUAGGCGACGGGGUUCCAAGGAUCCCUUGGUGAAGGCUCUCCAGCUGCUUGAGAGUCCCUGUGAACCUGCGGAGGGCGGCCUGAAGUCAGAGACCUUGGCCAAAAGACGGAGUUCCAAGGACCUGCUGGGGAAGCCGCCACAACUGUACGACACUCCCUACGAGCCUGCAGAAGGGGGCCCCAGGGCAGAGGGGAAGGCGCGGCCCCCAGACAGCCGGUUGCCCGAGAAUGACGAGCGGCCCCCGGCCGAGUACGAGCAGCCCUGGGAGUGGAAAAAGGAACAGAUCGUGCGGGCUCUGUCAGUCCAGUUUGAAGGAGCUGAGCGACCUUCCGUCAGGGAGGAGACAGUGAGGCAGCACCACCGGCAGAAGAGCUGGACCCAAAAGAUCCUGAAGCCAGCCCUCUCAGACCACAGUGACGGGGAGAGAGUGGACCCGGGCCUGCCCCUGGAGAAACAGCCCUGGUAUCAUGGUGCCAUUAGCCGUGCCGAGGCUGAGAGUCGACUGCAGCCCUGCAAAGAAGCUGGUUACCUGGUUCGAAAUAGCGAGUCAGGGAACAGCAGGUACUCCAUUGCCCUAAAGACUAGUCAAGGAUGUGUCCACAUCAUAGUGGCUCAGACCAAAGACAACAAAUACACACUGAAUCAGACAAGCGCUGUGUUUGACAGCAUCCCUGAAGUGGUACACUAUUAUUCCAAUGAAAAGCUGCCUUUCAAAGGGGCAGAACACAUGACUCUACUCUAUCCCGUGCACAGCAAGCUUCACUAAGGCUCAGCCACUGCAAGCCCUGGGCCUCUAGCACCUGCGAGCGCAUCAUCAGCGCACAGCCAGCGUCUCAGAGGACAAGGCUGGAUGAACAACUGCUAGAAAAUGGGAGUCUUCCUUGAAAAGUCAGUCUCUGGUUCCUUUUUUGCGUUUGUUUUGUUCUGUUUUUUAAGACGGAGUCUCAUUCUGUCA